AUGGUGAGGGGUUCAUCUCAAUCUCAGUCCUCCUCCUCUUCUUCCAAUUCCCGACCAGGCCCUGUCGGCGUCGCACCUCGCGGCUCCCCUGCUGCCACUGCUGGCCUGCGACGCCGUCGUCUUGCCACCGGAUCGUCCUCCGGCGUCAGUAAUGGAACCGGUGGUAAUACUGGAGGCAACAUGCUCAGGUUCUACACUGAUGAUGCUCCCGGCGUCAAAAUCACUCCGACCGUUGUCUUAGUUAUGAGUGUUUGCUUCAUCGGCUUUGUCACUGCUCUUCAUGUGUUCGGAAGCAUUGUUGCAGUGAAACAAAUCAACCAUAAACAACUCCAUCAAUCUGGGUGGAGGUCAGUGCAGGCGGAAAAGGAAAUGGACGAGAUUGAGGUUUGGGACGACAACCGUCGUGAAGGCGUAGUGUUUAGGAUCGAUUUGCAGGUCCAUUACUUGGCAUCGUUUUGCAGGUCCUCUGUGAGACAUCAAUUUGCAACCCCUGUCUCACCUUCAAAAUCAGUAGGUGUAUGGUAUAAAUCGAUCUCGUUCGUCGGGUACUAG